AUGUGCAGACCUCCACCUUUGCCCUGCCUGUGGUGGAUGGCUGUGAGUCCCACCUUACCAGAUCAUGUGCAGGCAAUGGCUGGCACAGACCUCCUCUGUAAACUCCCAGCACUCCUAACUCUUGGGCUUUGCGACAAAAACAAAACUGAGAAGGAGACAGCCUUUAAGUACCUCCAAAUCACAGCAACAGAUGCAGAUGCUGACCAAUUUGGUGAAAUUGAGUAUUUUCUUUAUGAUGGAUUUCAUUAUUAUGAAAAAUCCAAAGCCUUCCAGAUUGACCCACAUACUGGUCAGAUCUGUGUGUCUCAAGACAUUGACAGAGAAGGAGAUCCAGCCACUUAUGAUCUCUUAGUAAAAGCUACAGAUGGGGGUGGGCUGAGUGCCCAGGCUUUUGUUCGCAUUGAGAUAGAAGAUAUUAAUGAUAAUCAUCCUGUUUUUGAACAAGCUGUCUAUGUGACGAGCAUCAGCAGUCAUACACAGCCAGGAACAGAGAUCAUCAAUGUUGUUGCUACAGACAGAGAUUCGGGAAUAUAUGGUGUUGUCAUGUAUGAACUGGUCCCGGGAGAUUUUUCUUCUUUUUUCACAGUGGAUACAUCCACAGGAAUUAUUUACCUGAUCUCAGCUCUUGGCCACUUGACGCAUUCUGCGCUCUUCCUGACUGUUUCUGCGCAGGAUGGGGGUGGCCUUCCCUCUGCCACCAAUGCAGCCAUCACAAUAAACAUCCUUCAGACUGCUUUGGCCCCUGCCAUAUUUGAGAGAUCCCGGUAUACAUUUUCUGUUCCUGAAGAUACACCUGAAGACAGCCCAAUUGGCACUGUAAAGGCCAGAGAGCCUCCAAAUUCUUUAGAAGUGGUUUCUUACAGAAUUUCCUCUGGUGAUCCACAUGGAAGAUUCUCUAUUGACCCCCAGUUUGGCAUCAUCCGCACAAAAAGCCAGCUUGACCAUGAAACUCAGUCUGUUGUGGUGCUCACUGUUCAGUCACAGUUGGGUAACUCCCCUGUCUACAGUAGCACCCAGGUCAACAUAUCUGUGAUAGAUAUUAAUGACAACCCCCCAGUAUUUCUUACCAGAUCCGAUAAGGUAACUAUUUCACAUACCCAGCCUCCUGGCACUGCUGUCUACAUUGCUCAUGCAGAAGACAAAGACAGUGGCUUAAACGGGGCUAUCAAAUAUAGUAUUGUAAGCAAGCAGUCAAAUCCUUUUAGCAUUGAUCCAAGCCUUGGAGUGGUAAACCUCACAGGACAGUGUUUGGAAUAUACUCUGCAUAUAGUAGCUGAAGACUGUGGGAGUCCUCCUCUGACUUCUUUGCUGAUGUUGACAGUGAUUAUUGAAGAGCAGAAGAUGGGCCCUACUUUGGUUUUUCAAAACUUGGUCUAUCAAGUAGAAAUCAGUGAAGCUACUUCUCCAGGUGCCCGAAUCCUUCAGGUUAAAGCCCAUUCACUUGAUCUACACAGUGGUACCUCCAAACUGACGUAUUCUUUAGAGCCUAGCAUGGAUUCUAUUGCAUUUGGAAUCAGCUCUGAUACUGGUUGGCUUUAUCUUCGGAAACAUUUGAACUAUGAAUGUACACAGAUACUAAGUUUUAGAGCACUGGUCAGCACCUCUGAGGAUGAAAACCUCAGGCAAAAUGCAAGUACAUCGGUAAUAAUUAAUGUCCUGGAUGAAAAUGAUAAUCCUCCUGUGUUUAUGCAUGAGAGUUACUUCUUUGAAAUGGAGGAAAAUCCGGUUCCUAGGGGUGUGGUUGGCACGAUUACAGCUAUUGACAAAGACUCAGGAAGAAAUGGACGACUUUCCUAUUUCCUCUUGUCUGAUGGAAAAUAUUUCAAGAUGAAUUCCAACACAGGUGAAAUCAUCAACUGGGUUGCACUGGAUCGUGAAAAACAAGCUCACCACCAGCUUACCGUGCUAGUGACCGACCACGGGUCACCGAGGCUCAAUGCCACAGCAGCCGUGUACAUCACCGUGAGGGACCUCAACGACAACAAGCCCUUCUUCCCUCAGGCGGCACCGGGGCAGGGGCUGCACCUUAAGGUUUUGGAAGGGCAGCCACCAGGGACACUUAUUACCACUGUCUUUGCAAAAGACCCUGAUUCUGGAAACAACGGUGUUGUGGUAUAUUCAGUAGAAUCAGAACAGGAUAAAAGAUACUUCCAGAUCAAUGCUGUCAGUGGGGAGUUAAGAACAACCCGGUCUCUGUCACAUGCUGAGAGAUCAGACUACAGAAUGAUGGUCACAGCCAGGGACCAGGGGAUGCCUUCACUUCAAGGACAUGCUGCUGUUUACAUCCAGGUAAUCCCACUUCCCAUUGGGAGAUCUGUCUUCUCUCAAGAUUUCAAGCACUUUGUCAUACCUGAAAAUUUUAGACCUGCGCAAGUGUUGAAUUCUCUGAAGUGGCCUGAUAAUCAUCUAACUCCCAACAGAAAACUGCAUUUCAGUAUUGCCAGAGAUGAUGAUGAUGUUCAUUUUGAAAUAGAUAGCUUGACAGGAGACCUUUUCCUUUCCAAGGAACUUGACUACGAAUCAGCUUCACACUUCCUUUUGCAAGUUAUUAUAAAGGAUUAUAAUAAUAAUCCUCCACAGAAUAGCACUGUCUUCCUACGUAUUGAUGUAGAAGAUAAGAAUGAUCAUUCUCCUUUUUUUCAAGAUGACUUUGUAGUGAUUGGCAUAGAAGAAAAUGUACCUAUUGGCACUCUCAUUUACACAUUCAAUGCAAAAGAUGGAGAUGGCAGUUUCCUGAACAGCAAAAUACAAUAUUCCCUAGAAAUCAGUAACAUGGAUGAAAAUUUAUUUCAUAUUCACCCUUUGUAUGGCACCUUGACCACAGCUUUUGCACUGGACAGGGAAAUUAUUCCCUCUGUGAUCCUUACAGUGUCUGCGACAGACCAGGCAAUAAAUCUGACUGAUCGCAGGCUUGAUUCCCUGGCUGUGAAAGUUGUUAUUUUAGAUAUCAAUGACAACAGUCCCUGUUUUACUUCUUCACAUUUUUCCUAUGUCAUGGAGGAUGUGGAGGUGGGCUUCCUUGUGCACCGCAUAAUUGCAAAGGAUCCUGAUGAGGGAAGAAAUGGACAAGUUACAUACCACAUUGUUUCAGGCAAUGAAAACAAAGCAUUUGUAUUGGAUAAAAUCACAGGACUCUUAACUACAGCCCAGCUUCUGGACCAUGAGACUCAGGAGUGCUACAAUUUGACAGUCAUGGCUCUUGAUGAUGGCAGCCCAGCUCUCUCUGCCACACAAGUUCUAACCGUCAUUGUUGUCGAUGUUAAUGAUGAGACCCCGAUAUUUCUGAAGCAACUCUACGAGACUGCAGUUCAUGAAAACCAAGAUCCAGGGCAGUUUGUCAUAAAAGUGGAAGCUGUGGACAGAGAUGCAGGACUGAAUUCCUUGCUUCGAUAUGAAAUCUUACCAGGACCUGACUAUGAGAAAUUCAAGAUGAACUCAGACAGUGGAGAACUCAUAACAACUGCAUCACUGGACAGGGAAACCCAGGAGGUUUUCCGUAUUAAAGUUUUGGUUCGAGAUAGUGGAUCCCCGUCACUUUCGAGCACAGUGACAGUUAUCUGCACAGUGCUGGAUGAAAACGAUCACUCUCCCGCAUUUCUUCUUCCCACCUCUGAGAUUUGUAUUCCAGAGAAUCAAGAGCCUUCUGCCACUUACAUUAUCCGGGCUGUAGACAUGGAUGCUGGCAAUAAUGGAGCUCUAAGAUACAAAAUAAUUG